UAUAUAGAGCGAUCCAACAAUUAGGAAUACAGGAAAACCUCAUAAGAUUAGUAAAACUAACACUUACUGGAACAGCUUAUAAAGCGAAUGUUAAUGUUCAAACAUCAGACAAAUUUAAAAGUUGAUAAAGGACUGAGACAAGAAGAUCCACUAUCCACACUACAUUAGUUAACAUAAUUUUAAACUCUGCAGUAAGACACAUUGGAAUUUUAACAAGAGGUACGAUAUAUAAUCAGAGAAGUCAAUUUAUGGCCUACGCAAAUGAUUUAGUAAUCCUAGCAAAAACAAGAGAAACAUUUAGAAAUAAGUUAAAGAAAGCUGCAAAAGAAAUGAGGUUAAAAUUUAUGUUAGUAAAAAAAUGUCAGGAAACAUACAGAAUAGAGAAUUAAGAAUAGACAUUAAAAGGUCAGAGUACAAGUUUGUGAAAGUGACCAAAUUUAACUAUUUGGCUACUUAGGAGAAUAAGCGAUAAUGGUGAAGAGAUAAAAGAAAUAGAAGGACGAAUAGCCAAAGGAAUAAAAUGUACGGGAGAAAUGCGUCAUCUCCUAAAAUUCAAGAAGAAAAUCUAUAAAACAAAAACCAGGCCAGUAGACACUUACGGAAGCGAGGUAUGGAAAGAAAACAAAAAAGAAAAACACUCAUUGGAAAUAUUCGAGCAAAUAAUGCUUAGGAAGAUAUAUGGCGGAAACAAAGUAGAUAAUGUAUGGCUAAGAAGAACAAACGUUGAAAUAAAUAAAUUUUGUAGAGAACCCUCUAUAAAAACUGUAGCCAGGGCACAGCGAAUAAGGUUGUUAGAACAUGUAGCGAGACUAACAGAUGAAAGACCAACAAAGCAAGUAUUAACAGGAAAAAUAACCGGGAGGAGAAGAAGAGGACGACCACCGACCAAAUAGUUACAG